CUCUCAAUCAUCCAGUCCAGCUUUCUCUCUGAGCUUCAGUGUCAUUUCCACUCACUCUCAACUCAUCUGCAUCUUCUGCUACCGUUGCGAAUUGACCGUGCUUGCUGUCCUUGCCUUGCACCUUUCUCUGAUCACCACCACCACCGUCUUUCCACAUAUCAAUAAUACCCACCACCGUCAGGACCCAACCAGCCAAGAUGUGCUCGCAAUACUACCUCAAGUACGACUGCGGUUGCACCGUUGCCGAGGGCGACGUGGUCUACUGCGCAAAGCGAGGCACUUCGUGCACCGGGGUGCGCCAGCAGAUCCGGCGUCGGGAGGGCUACAAGUGCCCUGAGCAUGGUGGUCCCUAGACCCGAACACCAAGACAUGUUGAUGGAAGCUUAGGGAG